AUGCCACCAACACGCACCCGCGAUGCUGCAAAGGCAUCCAAAGAGCACCGGACCGAUUCCGCAAUCAAGAAGCGCAAGGGUUUCAGCGUAGGCCCGGCCAAUCUCCCCGAUGGCACCUAUCGGCGCAAGACCCAAAAAAUUAAGGAGGACCUGAUCCAAAAGGCCAAGGUGAAGAAAGCCUACGCCAAAAUCAAAGCACAGGAACUCGCUGCCGGCGCACCAAAGUCUGUUUACGCCCUUGCCGAUGAGGAGAAGGAAACCACACAGCCUCAGGAGGAGGCAGAGCCUGCCUCAACAGAACUCCACCCCGCCCGUAUGGCUAUGUUGAAUGAGCCGGAGCCUGAGCCAGAACGCGCUCCUGCGCCCAGACAAGAACGGCGCCCACGGAAGGAAGGUGGACAGCAGAGGGAGCGAAAACAGAAACACUCGGCAUUUGCGAAGGAGAUAGAGAUUGCAGAGCAGCGACGGAAAGCUUUCGAGGCCCGACAGAAGGAAGUUGAGGCCAAACAGAAAGAAAGGGAGUUGAUGAACCGUGCUAAGAGGCCGGAUCAGUUUGGCAAACGGAGAUUGGGAAGAGAAAGCAAUGCGCUUUUGAGUCGAAUUCAGCGCAUGGUUGGACAGCCAUAA